AACUUACGAUGCCCCAUGAACCUGCUGGAAUUUUCAGAACAGCUGCCAACAUUCCAAAGUUACAAUUGUGAUGUGAUUGUUGUAUCAGGCAACAAAAAUGUUUUCAAAUCAGAUUGGGUUGAGACACCUCACAAUGAACAAGGUGUCAGCAGCCUUAAGUUUCCAAUUUUAUUUGAUGCAACGGGAACGAUUCAUCAAGCUUAUGGGGUGGUGCCUGUAGCAAAUACAAUCGAAUGUGGAGGAUUUUUCAUAAUUGGUCCAGACCAAAAACUGUACCAUAUGUCCAUAAAUGAUCUUGCAGUACAAAUUAAGGCUGGAGAGGCUUUGAAAAUUCUCAAGACCCUACAAAAAUCUCACACAGUGUUUUCCCUGUUGCAGGGUGUUGCUCGCUUUCUAUUAUUGUCAUUCCAGGACCAGACUCGAGACUGCUGCGUCCGGGGGCGGUUUCGAGUAAUGCGCUUCUAG